AUGUCGUACAUGGCCCGAUCCGGAAUGAUGCGCGGCCCGGCCAUGCGCCGUUUCGACGAGUACUUCCGAUGUUACCCGAUUAUCAUGGCCCCCGGAUCCGAGAGACCGGAACUCAACUACGGCUCCAAGAUCUUCCUACCGCCAUCCGCCCUCCAGAAGAUCUCCCAGUUACACGUUCAGUGGCCCUUGAUGAUGGAGCUGGUGAAUGGCGAGAGAGAGCGCCAGACGCACGCGGGUGUUCUAGAGUUCGUGGCGGAGGAAGGCAGAGCGUACAUACCGCAAUGGAUGAUGCAAACGCUACAACUGGACGUCGGCGACAUGAUCCAGAUAAAAUCGACAUCGCUGGAGCUGGCUAAGAUGGUUAAGCUUCAACCCCAGUCGACCAACUUCCUUGAAAUUAGUGACCCCAAGGCGGUUUUAGAGAAGGCAUUCCGAAACUUCGCUACAUUAACCAAGGGCGACGUGUUCAACUUCGAGUAUAACGACGAGGUUUACGAUGUAGCAGUCUUGGAGGUGAAGCCGGAGACGGAGAAGAUGGGUGUUUGCAUGAUAGAGACAGAUGUUUCGGUCGAGUUCGCACCACCAGUAGGAUAUGUUGAGCCGCAGAAGGGUAGCGGUACUAGUACGCCGAGAAGUACGAGGGGUGGUUUACCCGCUGGCGGGCUCAUGCAUCCCCAAGGCACGAUGGCACAGUCUAUCAACUACGACGCGAUCGCCCCUAAUGCCACAACAGCUGCGACCGGAGCCCGAGCAGUUUCGUCUCAUUUCCUAAACGAGGGCCACAAACUAAGCGCCAAGAAAGGCUCCAAAGCCCCAACGCCGAAACCCUCAACCCCCGUCGCUGGUACUUCUACAAAUGUUAUACCCGUCCCGCGAAGACGAACGAAUGGACCCAUGCCUCUUCGCUUACCACCCAACAAGCUCUUCUUUGGUUACGAGGUUACACCGGUUAAGACAGACGCAGACAAGGAGGCAGAGAAAGAGAAUGCGAGCAGACCAUACUUCGCGGGACAGGGCCAGACCCUUAGAGGGGCAGUCAAGCGGAAGGGCGAGGGAGAAGAUAAAGGAAAGGCGCCCGAGAAGAAGUCCGACGAAGGACGCCGGCUCGAUGGACGAAAGGCAUGA